UAUCCACUGCUCAGGUCCCCGUUGGCCACUGGGACACAUCCUUUGGACCACAGGACAAGGUCUAUCUACACAAAACCACACGCCUGUGUCCGUUGGGUUCUGUUAUCAAAGUUCAGCCAGGUGGCGUGUCAACAUAGGUGUCGUCGGUCCGCCCUGUGUUUGCUCUCACAGCCCCUACUCCCUGAUGCGACAGUUACCAGGCGGGAGCAUCUGCCCGUGUCCCGCAGGUUCCACAAAGCAUGCCGUGGCCCGGGAGCGCUCCUCGCAGCUGCGCUCACCGGCAGAGCCAGACCGCACCUGGCAAGCGCACCGUGCCCAGCCCGCAGCCCUCCGAGCGGGAAGAUGGCCCAGCCCGGGAGCUCGCCCUGAGCACCUGCCUCUGACCCCUCGGCCACGUAGCCGGCCUCGUUAGCAGCCCGAGAGCGCGGCUGGGAGCCUCGGGACCGCCAGCCCUGCUCCCAGCUCACCCACAAGAUGUGGACAGCCCUGGUGCUCGCCUGCAUUUCCUCCUUGUCCUUCUCCGAGAGCCGAGUGGCACCCCAGGGUCCAGUGCCCUUCGACUUCAACCAGACGCAGGCUGAUUUAGUCACAAAAAGCACAUCCAGGGAAACGACUGACAGCAUCUUUAACCAAACCUCAGAGGGCGUGACGACGCCCUCUCCUGUCACGUUGGCCAGAGAGGCUUUGGGAGCCAACCACAGCUCCCCUGCCGUCACAGCAGGGAGGACACCCGGGAAUGACGUGGGCGCCUCGGCAGCUGCAGUGGGUCCCGCCAACCUCACGGACUCCAGGGUGCCCACGCCGACGUCCACACAGCCCACGCCGACGUCCACACAGCCCACGCCGACGUCCACACGGCCCACGCCGACGUCCACACGGCCCACGCCGACGUCCACACGGCCCAUGCCGACGUCCACACGGCCCACACAGACGUCCACACGGCCCACGCCGACGUCCACACGGCCAACCCCGGCGUCCACGGCCGCUCUCAGCACACCCCACACCCAGGCACCCAGCAACGGUACGUUGCCACCAGCAGCACCUCGGACGACGCUGGCCACCAGCAUGCAGACUGCUGCCACCGCCACGGCAAAUGCAGGCAGCGCCUGGGGCUCACCGAGUCCCGCCGAGCACACCCCCCGCCACUCCACAGCCAGCCCCACGCUCCCCACGAGUCCCCACGCACUUAACACAUCCACACAAGGUCCCACCACCCAGCCGUCGACUGCCCGACCCGUGGCAGACACAGCAAGUGGGCCCACCCCGCCCCUCGAGAACACAACCCCAGAGCUCACCCGCUCCGUGGCUUCCAUGUCCACCACAGUGGUGACAGCUGAGGGGCCGGCUGCCAGCACAGUGCCAGCUCCUGUGCCACAGGCCAGCCCCACACCUGGGAUGGAGGCCACGUCCCCCACAACACCGCCAAGCCCUGUUUCAUCUCCAGGGGGGGUCACGGGGGCUGCCACGCCCUCCACACUGGAGCAGGUGCGGCCUGAGGCCACAGGUGGCAGUGCUUCCCCCGGGCCAACCCCCGUGAGCUCAGGGGACCCCAAGAUGCCAACCACGGACUCGUGCCAGCUCAGCACCCAGGGCCAGUACAUGGCAGUCACCACCAGGGCCCUGCCCCUGUCCCCCGUGAACAGAGGGGAACUGCUGGCCAUGCUCUUGCUUGGGGUGGCCCUUCUCUUCGCCGUCGUGGUCCUGUUUGCGCUGCAGGCCUACGAGAACUACAAGAAGAAGGACUACACGCAGGUGGACUACCUGAUCAACGGGAUGUACGCGGACUCAGAGAUGUGAGGCGGCCGCGGCCGGCCUUCGGCUCCAGCUGGACCCUCGGGGGCGGGGCCCUCCCCUCCUUCCAGUUCCCUCUGAGACCAAACCAAGUGCUUCCAAACCCUUUGGUGCAAUCCAGGAGACCCGCCAGGCGGUUAAACAUUCAAUUACGGUCAGAUUAACUCCACGUCACUAAAAGGCUGCUUUCUUUUCACAUU